GCCAACAUCUCCAGCUGUCAUUUUCUCGUGUUGGUGUUUGGUGGGCAUUGGGAAGCAGUCGUUGGUCAUGAAGGUCCUUUUAUCAUCACUACUGCUUCUAGCAGCUGUGUACUCUGUGUACUCACAGGCAGAUUGUUCUCUAGCUGAUUCAUGCGACUUGUGUGUUGGAGUAUCUGUUUACAACCUGACGGGCUGUGUCUGGAGGCUUUGUCCAGAGGAUAAUGAUGUAGGCCGAUGUGUGACUGAUGAGGGUGACGUAGCAGACAGCCGCAAGGAGUGCAGCUGGACCAGAGUGGCUGAACUGUGCACAGUGGUGGAGAUUGUAGCUGAGGACCAAGAGGAGGGAGGCUCAGGUGAUGACAAAAAAACAGUCACACAGUUUUCCCAGGCCAAGUUCGACAUGUCCAGUUUCAUCGGUGGCAUCAUCCUGGUGAUGAUUGUGCAGGGUGGUGGCUUCCUCGCCAUGCGGUUUCUCAAAUCCAAAGAGCAGAGCACCUAUGAAACCAUAGAGCAGCCACAGUGAAGUCAAGACUCGUGAAGGACAAGCAGAAGAGGUGGGAGAACGUCAGAACAGUGACUCAUCAUCUUGGGACCAUAGUUUUUUUCUUUUUUCCCUUUGUGAGCCUCUGUAAUUUUUUUUUGUUUGAUCAUGAUGUCUACCACAGAGGGUUGGUUGUGUUUGUAAGAUGCUAUUUUUAGCUUCAUGUUGCUGCUUGUGUAAUAAGUGUCUGUGCACGUAUUAUAUUAUAGAGUGAGGGUCAUACCAUCCAAAAAAAAAUCAGGAACUUACAUUUUAAAAGACUCUAAUUGCUUCAUGAGAUGUAAAUCUUCCCUAGAACACGUUCUAAAAUAGGAAAAAACCCAUCAAAGCACAGGGUGAAUCUGUCAAAUCAGUUGUUUUACUGUAAAGUCAAUGGGAGCUGCAGCUCAAGUCAAAAGAGAUCAGACAGAUCACAAAAAGACAUUAUGCAAAAAUGAGUUUGAAUUCUGACCUUUCUGUCCUGUUAGAAUUUUAUUUUUAGUUUCAAUAGGAAUUUUAAAUUAACUGGCUGUAGUUUUUGUCGUGUGGAGAAUGUCAUGCUUUGUGUUUGAGUGUAAGUGGGGUUUUUUCCCAAACCGACUUUUGUAGCUAAAGAGUGGAUGUUUUCGCUAUAGAUUUAGUCUUAUUUUAGUUAGUGAUUAGAAAUUAGUAUUUAGUAUUUAUUGCUGUUAGAAAAGUAAGCGGUGCACCUGGCACACCUCUGCCAGGUAUACUGUGUGCUUCUCAGUUGUGUGGAACUUGGUGCAACUUGUAGUGGAGAUUCCUGUUGAUGGCUCUUAAUUCUGUCACCUACAAUACAUAUCAGCUUUAUUGAAAAAAGGGGUUGAGUGUGAUGCAAUGGACUCACCAUUGGUUGUUUAAUUAUGCUGUUUGGAUGUGUUCUGUUAUGCCAUGUGAAUGAAAAAAAAAAGAUUAUCAGGAUUGGUUGUCUGAAUAAACAAACAAGAAAUAUCUGUUUUCACAACAUUGAACGGUUAAAGACAUGUGGUGAUAUGUCAGAUAAAAAUGACCUUUCUUUAGGUGGAUGUUGUAGAGCCCAGUGUAUAGUGCAGCAUUAACAGUGACAUUUGAGGCCUUUAGCAGAACAGCAGGGUGGUUGGUUGGACGCUCCAGUCUCUGUCUGUGCCAGAGUCCACAGGCUUGAAGAAGCCCACACAAAGAGGGCUUCCCAACUGGGCAGACUGUGGCUGUCAUCCAAGUCUGCUUACAAAAGAGAGAAAUGAAUGCUCUCACUGACACCCCCCACCCCACCCACCACUCUGAAACCGUCUUUCCUCACACAAACACAUUUGCAUUUUCCAGUCAGAGAAAGGAAAGUCUGACAUACAGACAAUGCUACAGUUGUUUCCCUUCUGCUUUUAAACAAGCAGGGAGCUGUGUUUAUAUUUGUAUUGUGACCGUGUGUGUGUGUGUGUGUGUGUGUACAAAGAGUAAGUGUGUGUCCUAGUGUGUGUUUAACAGGUGUGGGGACACAUAAGACGGAAAAUUUCAUUCCCACCUCCACCCUGCUGUUGGUGACAAAACAUCCGUGUGUAUUUGUGUAUGUGUGUGUGUGUACAUAUUUAUUUCUUCUUCAGGACAUCUACUAGUAUACAUAUUUAUAUAGUAUGGACUACCGCCUGGGCUGUAUAUUAGGUAAACAUCUCAUUGGCUCUACAGACCAAAACUAGUUGUUAAUUUUUGUUACGUUAAUGAUAGUGAUGGACUUCAUUAAAGUUGAUUUUGUCGUUUUAGUUUGAGCUCUGCAUUGACUUAACUACCUUUGAUUAUGUCUCACCUGUACACACUACAAAAAAAUCUUGAAUUUUAAUUGUAGCCAAUUAAGGACAAACCCUGAACUCAACUUAAACUGGUGCCACUAUUACUGUAUGUAUGAACUGCUUCUCAUUUCGAACUGUUCUUUAAAUAGGCACUUCAAAACAAAAGCAAGGUUACGACUUGGUCAUAUACAAGUAUAACUGUUCUGCUACUAAGGAUAUGAGUUGUAUUUUUUUUUUAAUUGGAGGUUUUUACUGUGUUUGUAUCUGUGGAGACUGACAGACUCUAGAGGGCGUGUUCACUUCGUUUACUUAGCACACACAAACGCACACAUACAGAAUACACACACAUCCACCGAAGUCAGCCACAACUUUUCACCCAACUUUCACACGGAUGGAGGUGAUGGACGCUGACAAAUAAGGUGGUGCACCGUUUGUGUGACAUCCUGUUUGCCAGUCUUAACGUCUUGGGCAGGGGAUUACUCUGCGCAUGCGUAAAUUACUCAUAGUAACCAGUACAAAUACGACAGUGUUUGUUGAAGGUUUCUGUUGUAGUGUAAUUACCUCUCAG